GAACUGUGAGCAGUGACCCAUCCUCCACCGAGAAAUCAAUCUCCAAAGAAGGAUGGCUGUCUUGGAAGAACUUAUCGUCAAUUUGGAAGGCAUAGAGGCCGUCAAAUUUGGCGAGUUUACCCUCAAAAGCGGCCUUCAAUCACCCGUGUACUUUGAUCUCCGCGUGCUGGUCUCGCAUCCCCGGUUUAUGAAACAAGCAUCACAACUCUUAUGGCAGGUUCGCGAUUCUGCUGGUCCACCCGAUAUCAUCUGCGGGGUUCCUUACACAGCUUUGCCUUUGGCUACCAUUAUCAGUUGUGAUGAGAACGUGCCCAUGCUCAUCCGGCGAAAGGAGGCCAAAGGCUAUGGGACGAAAAAGAUCUUGGAAGGGCACUUUAAACCGGGGGAUGAGUGUCUAAUUAUCGAGGAUGUCAUCACAAGUGGGACGAGUAUCCUGGAAACCGCCGAAUUAUUACGAGAGCAUGGACUGGUUGUCAAGCAUGCUGUGGUGCUUUUGAAUCGGGAACAAGGCGGCGAAGAGAACCUCGAUCAACAUGGGAUCAAGGUUACGAGUGUGUGCAAGGUGUCGGAUAUGUUGGAAGUUCUCUUAAAACAUCAAAGGAUUGACCAAUCCGUGGUUGAGGCUGUGAGAUUGUUCAUCCAGAAUAAUCGUGCUUGUUUGCCACCUCGUGUCACGUUGAAGAAAAGUGUCGUGGAUGGCCUAGAUUUCCAGACUCGAUCUUCUAAGAUGCUUCAUCCGAUGGCUAAAAAGCUUGUGGAGGUCAUGAUUGGCAAGAAAUCCAACCUGUGUGCCGCUGUUGAUGUCACCAAGACAUCGGAGUUGUUGGGCUUGGCAGAGCAAUUAGGACCAUUUGUUUGCGUCAUUAAAACUCACAUCGAUAUUUUGGAGGACUUCCAAUAUGAACGAACGAUCAAGCCACUUCUCGCUCUGGCCCAAAAGCAUAACUUCCUGCUUUUUGAGGACCGAAAAUUCGCGGACAUUGGCAAUACUGUCUCGCUUCAAUUCCAAAAAGGCCUCUACGCCAUUGCCACGUGGGCUGAUUUGAUAACUGUUCACGGGAUCCCGGGUCCAAGCCUUCUUAAGGCCCUAGAAAAAUCGUCUGAAAGAUGCAUCGGGGCUGUCAUGGUCUCGGAAAUGAGUUGUGAAGGCAAUCUCAUCGACAGUGAAUAUACCAAGAAAUGCAUAUCCUUAGUUGAAUCUACCUCGUCCACGUGCGCCAUGGGCGUGGUUUCCCAAUCGCGCCUCUCCCAUCAAUCCGGAAUCCUUCAAUUCACUCCCGGGGUCAACUUAUCUACCUCCAAGGAUAAUCUCAGCCAAAGAUAUGUGAGUCCGGAGCAAGCGAUUCUGGAGCGAGGAGCCGAUAUCAUCAUUGUGGGCAGAGGACUAACUCAAUCCCCAAAUGUUGAACAGACCGCAAAAGACUAUCAAUCGAAAGCUUGGGAGGCUUACUUAACCCGAAUUCAGAGUUAGUCUUGCCCUCAUGUGAAUUGUUCGUCCCUGUGUUCUAAUAAUAAAACCUGAUGGACUUGCAUUGAAAGUCUGGUUCAUGAA